UGCUAAAGGGUGCGAAAUUAAGUACACGGUUAAGUUUGCUGAGGGCACACUGGUUGAUCUUUAUGAUGAAGGUGAUAUUUGCAAUAUGUUUAGAUAUAACGAUAGCAGUGCUCAUUUGUAUGUAGCAGCGAAAGGGAACCAGAAGGAAGGUGGAGCAGUGAAUGAUGGAGAAAUGGGUGAGAAUUUGUUUGGGCUGUCGGGAGAAAUGACUGAAGGUGUGGUGAACCUUGGUGAUAACUAUGAACCACUCAUUGUUGACUAUGGUGCUGAAUGCCUAACGUAUGAAGGAGGGGGUUUAAGUCAGACAAACUUCAGUGACGGUUCAGGGAGUGAAGGGACAUUGAGGGGUAAUUUGAAUUGCAUGAAAUGGGUUGGAGUUUUUGCAGGGGUGGGGCAAUAUAUUCCACAUGCCCAAGCUUUUAGGGAGGCUGUGUACAGGUUUAGUAUUGCACAGAAGUUUGCAACGACAUAUGUGAGAAACAGUAGGGAGAAGAUGAAUGUGAGGUGUAAAGUGGAAGGGUGUCCAUGGAAGAUUUGUGCAAAUGCUGUUGGGAGGGAUACUCUUUUAUUACGCGUGACCACAUUCGUUAAUGAACACAUUCAUUCAGCGCAAGAUAACCUAGAUGUCACUUUUGCUGGCAAUGCUGCGUUGACGUCAUCAAUAAUACUUGAGGAGAUAAGGAACCACACCGAAAAGCGUCCUACUGAAAUAAGGAAGACACUGGAAAGGGAAUAUGGUGUGAGGCUAACAUAUGCUCAAGCUUACAGAGCAAAGGAAAAGGCCAUGGAACACAUACAUGGGAAACCGGAAGAAUCCUAUAUGUUCAUACCAUGGAUAUGCCAAAGAUUAAAGGAAACUGAUGAUAAAACAGUUGCUGAAUGGGCUUCCAUUGGUAAUACAUUUGAGCGGGUUUUCAUUGCAUAUGGUUCGUGUAUUGAGGGUUUUUUGAGUGGUGCAAGGGCUAUAUUAUAUGUUGAUGGAACUCAUUUAAGUGGUCCAUAUAAGGGGACACUACUCUCAGCGUCGGGAUAUGAUGCAGAUAAUGACUUGUUGCCUUUUGCAAUAGCAGUGGUGAAAUCAGAGAACCUUGAUGACUGGACUUGGUUUCUGUUCAAAAUUAAAGAAAUUGUUGGUUCGGUGCAGGUGACAAUUGUGUCAGACCGACACAAUGCCAUAAUAGGAGCUGUCCAAGCAAUAUUUGGAGGUGAAAGACAUGCGUAUUGUUAUAGGCAUGUGAAGGAAAACUUCAGCGCUGAACAAGUAAAGUAA